GUGAAGGUGACAUGAAGAUAAACAGACGCACAUCAUGCAGCAGCAGAAGGUUAUCAGCGCUACGGAUUAUUUAGCUAACGAUACAUGUAUUUAAAGGGGAAAUUUGCUGCGUAUGCUGUAUAUUUUUUAUUUUCCAAGACUAAAAAUAUAUCCAGUCGCACACUUUGACCAACACACACUAUCAGGAUGGUGUCCUACAAGCGGCUGAACCCCGAAGAUGUGCAGUUUUCCAGUGCGGUUCUGUCCGAAGAGCUGUGUCCAGUCCGUGAGGAAAUUCCAGUGCCGGAGCCAGAAGAAGCCUCGCUGCUUCCUCGGCGUCCGUCAUGCUCUGGCACCACAGGCCUGCUGGUGAUCGGCUGCCUGCUGCUGCUGCUCUGUGGAGGCUGGCUGCUGGGCACCAUGUUCUGGCUGCACCGUCCGUCCAACGUACAGCCGCACAGACCCCCGUCCCCGGCCUCUGGACACACACCAGACUCUCAGAUUGAAACAGGAGUUAACGACACGGCUGCCGCUUUCCGCCGCGAGGCCUGCAGUUUAAUCCCCGAGGCGUGGAGGUUCGACUGCUACCCAGAGAGAGGGGUGGUUGUGACGCGAGAGUUGUGUGAGGCGAGGAACUGUUGCUUCAUCCCAGCAUCCUCUCCCUUAUCCUCUGCCACCCGCCCGUCAGGGAAGAAUGGUAUCCCGUGGUGUUUUUAUCCUGAGGACUUCCCUUCAUACUCGGUCGUGUCGAUAAACGACACGUCGCUGGGACAAAAAGGGACGCUCGUACGGGAGGUGAAGACCUACUACCCUGCAGAUAUCCUCACUCUAGAGGUGGAGAUACGACAUGAGACAGACUCAAGACUGCGAGUCAGGAUUACAGACCCGGCUGAUUCUCGGUUCGAGGUCCCCAUCUCCGUUCCCGCUGCCACAAAGAAAGCAGAACAUCCAGAAUACAUCGUUGAGAUUUCAAAGCAGCCGUUCGGUCUCAUCGUGAAGAGGAGGUCUACAGGGGCAGUGCUUCUGAACACCACAGUGGCUCCUCUCUUCUUCGCGGAUCAGUUCCUGCAGCUCUCCUCCUCUCUGCAGAGUCAGUUCAUCUACGGGCUGGGGGAGCACCGCUCCUCCUUCCUGCACGACGUGCACUGGAACACACUCACCAUGUGGGCCAGAGACGUGCCUCCUAUGGAACAGACAAACCUGUAUGGAGCUCAUCCAUUUUACCUGGCCAUGGAGGAGGGGGGGGAGGCACACGGCUUCUUCCUGCUGAACAGCAACGCCAUGGAUGUGGUCCUGCAGCCGGCCCCGGCCCUCACCUGGCGCACCAUCGGAGGAAUCCUUGACUUUUACGUUUUCCUCGGGCCUGAUCCUGCUUCAGUGAUUGGACAGUAUGUGGAAGUCAUCGGUUACCCGGCGAUGCCCAUCUACUGGGCUUUAGGCUACCAUCUCUGCCGCUGGGGUUACAACACAAGCGACUCCACCUGGGAGGUGGUCAAGAGCCUGAGGAAUUAUAAAAUACCCCAGGACGUCCAGUGGAACGACAUCGACUACAUGGAUCAGUUCAUGGACUUCACCUUUGACUCCAAAAAGUUCGGCACGCUGCCCGACAUGGUGAAAGAUUUGCAUGUUCACGACCAGCGCUACGUCAUGAUUCUGGACCCCGGGAUCAGCAGCUCCCAGCCUGAGGGAUCAUACUGGCCGUACGACGAAGGGCUGAAGAGAGACGUGUUUAUUAAAGAUGCUGAAGGAAAAACACUCAUCGGGAAGGUGUGGCCUGGUCUGACAGCUUAUCCUGAUUUCUCGAAUGAAGUGACUCAUGAAUGGUGGUACGAAAACCUCCAGAGGUUCCAUGAGAAGGUGCCAUUUGAUGGGUUAUGGAUUGACAUGAAUGAGCCGUCUAAUUUCCUGGAUGGAUCUACUAAUGGCUGUCCGUCAAACAGUCUGGAAAACCCUCCUUACACACCUGGUAUACUAGGAGGUUUGCUCAGAGCCAAAACUGUGUGUGCCACUGCACAGCAGAAGCAGUCCAUUCACUACAAUAUGCACAGCCUCUACGGACUCAUGGAAGCUAAGGCGUCUGCAAGCGCUAUGAAGCGGAUCGUGGCGAAGCGACCGUUUGUGAUCUCUCGCUCCACCUACCCCUCUCAGGGGAUGUACUCCGGUCACUGGCUGGGAGACAACAGGAGCCAGUGGAAAGACCUGUACACUUCUAUAGCAGGUAUGUUGACCUUUAACCUCCUGGGCAUCCCGUUGGUGGGAGCAGAUAUCUGUGGCUUCAGCGAGGAGCCGCGAGAGCUGUGUGUGCGCUGGACGCAGCUGGGAGCUUUCUAUCCCUUCACACGCAACCACAACGCCAUCGACAUGCAGCCUCAGGACCCGACCGUGUUCAGCCCUCUGGCUCGGACAGCGAUGAAGCAGGCUCUGCUGCUGCGAUACUCGCUCUUCCCCGUCCUCUACACACUCUUCCAUCACGCGCAUGUGCACGGACACACUGUCGCACGGCCGCUAAUGUUUGAGUUCCCAAAAGAUGUGAAAACCUACGGGAUCGACAAACAGUUCCUGUGGGGGAAGAGUUUGCUGGUGACACCGGUGCUGGAUCCUGAAGUGGACUAUGUGGACGGAUACUUCCCAGAGGGUCUGUGGUAUGACUACUACACGGGCGACUCUCUGCACAGUAAGGGGGAAGACCUUCGACUCCACGCACCUCUAGAUAAGAUCAACCUGCAUCUGCGUGAGGGCUCAAUCAUACCAACGCAGGCGCCCAACCUGACGCUGUGGGUGAGCAGCGGUCAGCCUCUCCACCUGGUGUCGGCGCUCUCUGAGGACGGAGCAGCCAGCGGGGAUCUGUUCUGGGACGACGGAGAGAGCAUCGACACCUACGAGAACAACCUGUACUCCUACAUCCUCUUCAGCGUCGCUCAGAACGUGAUGACGUCACAGGUUCUGCAUAGCAACGUGGAGGCCACAUACAUCACCGUGGAGACGGCCUCCUUCUACGGCGUGAAGCAGAAACCGAGCCGAGUGAUGGUGAACUCCCAAGAGGCAACGUUCACCUACAGAGACAACCAGGUGUUAACAGUUGCAGAUCUGGGUCUCAACCUCAGUCAGAACUUCACCAUCAGCUGGAUGUAUUGAGUCAGAUGUUUUUAUGGUUUUGGUUACUGUUAAAAGUCUCCAGCUGGUACACUGUGCAGUCUUUAUGUGUUGUGGAAGUGAUGUUUAGCUCUGUACUCCUGGACAUUGGAGGUUAAAGGCACGGAAGGGAUAUUUUGAAUAGCACAUUUCAGCUAGUGCAAAAGAAACAGAUUAUUAAGUUAAUUUAAAAACACCAAAAGAGAUCAACGAGAAAAAGAAGUCAAAUAAAACUUGUUUAAAAUACGAUAAUAAAGGUGCAGUACAAGAAGGGAACAAUAACAAGUAAAGUCUUAAUUUUCACAUGUAUUUUUUGGUAAACGCAGAGGACUCGUGCACAGACAAUGGGCCACGAUUCAAUAAAAUUAACCCGAAUUAGUUGAGAACACCCUGAAAUUACAGCUGAGAGUCAGCACUUUAACCUCAUAGGCAUUGUUCCGUGUCAUAACUUAUGUGCAGGAGUACAGAGACGAAACAAGCUGCCUGUGUGUGAAAGAAGAUGAAUAGGUACUCUGGAGUGAGUCAGGUCAAGCUGGUGGCAUAUUGAUAGUGCUACGUUUAAAAAAACAACAACACACAAAUGCUUUUGAAACUUGCAGCCAUUGACGUGCACUCAAUGCUUUAAAUAUGUAAUGUAUUGCAUCAUCGCUGAACCAUCGUCUCAUUCAAACAGAAAGCUUGUUUAUUUAUUUCCUCUUUUAAUUCUCAUCCGCAGAAGGAUUAUGUGCAAUAAGUGAAAGAAAGGAGGAUGUACCUUUCUACUAAUGUGAGUCUGCAAAUAGUUCAUGAUUGCUUGAGUGCGUCUUUACAGCUUCGUGUUGCACUGGAUUGAUUGUGCAGUGUUGUAAAGGUAGAGAUAGGUGCCUUAUGAUUCCUGUUUGUGAGCGUCUCUGGGGUUUUUUCCGGCCUGUUUGAAAACGCUGACGACUGAUAGUACUACUGCCGUGCACGAGGAGUACUUUGAUGCAUAGCUUCAGUAUUCUACAGCAGCCAAUCAUGUGCUGCAGUCAUGUUACUGUGAGCUUUCUCUGAUACACUUCAGUUUUUACAAUGUUUUUAGCUUGAUUUUGACCGUAAAGCUGUGAAAAUCUGAUUUGAAUUUAUAGUCACAGAACAUAGCUGUGAAGAGCUUGCACCUUUUCAGAGCAGAUCGUCAAUGCAUGUGUGCUUUUAAAAAACAAAAGAAAUAUUUGUAAGCAUGUAAAAUACGAUGCAAAGUUUAUUUCACUCCGUUGUGUAAAGGUAACUGUAAUUGUGCCUAAAAAAAAAAGCAGUAUCUUUCAUUAAUUGUUGUGUUGGCUUUUAUGUAGCUGCUUGAUUUUUGAACAAAAUAAAAACUACGAGAGCUCUGAUGGAUCUUUGUUUUCUAUUUUACGACAUGUUUUUUUGUCAACAACAGGUGUGAAUAAAGAGAAAUGUAAUGAUCUUGGCCCCAUUAUGCUGUCAUAAUAAAGAGUAAAGGCAAAGCUAA